CACCGCCAAAACCAUAUAAACAAUUUUUUACAUUUCAAUUUGCACUUUUGAAAGCCGAAAAAUCGAUCUGAGAGCUAACGUAAAAUGAAAAGCAAUGCUUCGAGCGGCUGAAACAGCAACCGAGUUUAGUUAACUUCACUGAAAUCGGGCCAGCAGGGAGUUGUGACCAAAAAAAAAGGGAUAUCCGCAGUCCGAUCGGCAAAACGUGUGAUAAUAAAACCACUAAAAAAAUAUUGCAAAAAAAGAAGAAUGCAACAGUAUUCCGGUUUUAUGCGCUGAAUAAACCGUGAUUUUCAAGCGGAUUACUGUUUUCCGGUGAUGAAGCCCACGCAAAGCGGAGGCAGUGGCUCCAAGAUGACCGAGCCCAUCGAGUAUGUGACCCUGAUUAGCGACGAUUCCGAUGGCGAGCCGUCGCCGAAAAGGAAUGCUCCUCCUCCUAAUCCCAAUCCGAAUCCCAAUCCUGGCCAGAAACAGAAGCAGCCGGACGAGGACUCCAAUGAUGCACCCGCCACCAGCGACGAACGGCGCACCAGUCGGCGCAAUCGACCCAAAGUGGAUUACAGCAACCGGCCGAGUGGCAGUGGAGAAGCCACCGCCUCCAAUGAAAAGUCAGGAUCGGGUUCGGGAUCCCUGGGAUCGAACAGCCAGCCGACGGAGCGACGUAGUCAAAGUCAAGCCCGCAAAUCGGAGGCGAAUGCCACUUCCGUUUCCGGUCCGAAUGCCGGAAAUCCGCGGCCCUCGCAGAAUGGAGAUUCGAAAGAGCGGGAUGCGGGCACACCCACCGUUUUGUCCGGCCAAGAGGGCGCCGUCUUCCAGUCCCGCCUGCCCUUCAACAAGAUGACACCGAACGAGGAGGCCUGCUUCCCGGACAUCAGUCGUUCGGGCAUUCUGGGCCAUCGGGUGUUCCUCAAUAUCCGCAACAGCCUGCUCCACAUGUGGGUGGAUAAUCCCAAGCUCCAGUUGAGCUUUGAGAAUGCCCUCAAGAACCUCCCACCGCCAUUUGACAGCGAACCCAGUCUGGUGAGGCGGGUGCACUCGUUCCUGGAGCGUCAUGGCUUCAUCAACUUUGGCAUCUUCAAGCGGCUGCGACCCAUACCCACGAAAAAGCUCGGCAAAGUCAUUGUGAUCGGGGCAGGAAUCUCCGGCUUGGCUGUGGCCCACCAGCUGCAGCAGUUCGGCAUGGAUGUGAUCGUCCUGGAGGCGAGAGAUCGCGUCGGUGGACGCAUAGCGACAUUCCGCAAGAACAGCUAUAUCGCCGAUCUGGGUGCCAUGGUGGUGACCGGCGUGUAUGGCAAUCCAAUGACCAUUUUGAGCAAACAGAUCGGCAUGGACCUGGUGCCCAUCCAGCAGACAUGUCCGCUCUACGGCCCCGAUGGCAAACCGGUGCCCAAGGAGAAGGACGAUGUCAUCGAGAGAGAAUUCAAUCGACUACUCGAGUCUGCGAGCUACCUGUCCCACCGCCUUGACUUCAACUACGCCGGCAAUUGUCCGGUUUCGCUGGGCGAUGCCCUCGAGUGGAUUAUCAGCAUGCAGGAGAUGCAGGUCAAGCACAAGCGAGCCCAGCACAUGCAGGAGAUCAUUGCGGCCCAGACGAAGAUCAUCGAGCAUCGGCGCCGCAUGAAGACCAUCAAACAGAGCAUCGCCACGCUGAGAAGCGAGCACCUGGCGAUGGUCAAGCAGCGAAAACCGAGGGGCGUGGAGAGCGAUGCGGAUUACGGACGGCAGGAGUUUAGCAUUCGGAACACGCAGAUCAAGGUGGAGGAGGAGCUCAGGGUUUUCAACGAGCUCCAUGCCGAGGAUAAGCAGAUGGAAGCCAAGCUUCACGAACUAGAGCAGAACCGACCAAGCGACGUGUACCUCUCUUCCCGCGACCGCCUCAUCCUGGACUGGCACUUUGCCAAUCUGGAGUUCGCCAACGCCACCCGACUAAACAACCUGUCGCUGAAGCACUGGGACCAGGACGACGACUUCGAGUUCAUUGGCCACCACACCACCGUGCGCAAUGGUUAUUCCUGUGUGCCGGUUGCGCUCACUGAAAACCUGGACAUUCGCGUCAACAGCGCCGUCAAGGAGAUUAAGUACGGCACCAAUGGCGUGGAGGUGGUGGCCGAAAACCUGAAGACCUCCAACUCGCAGAUGACCUACAAAGCGGACCUGGCCGUCUGCACGCUCACCCUGGGCGUCCUGAAAGUGGCGGUGGCCCACGAGGAGUCGCAGCAGAGCAACACGGUCAAGUUCGAUCCGCCGUUGCCGGACUGGAAGCAGCAGGCCAUCCGGAGGUUAGGCUUCGGGAAUCUCAAUAAGGUGGUGCUCUGCUUCGACCGCAUUUUCUGGGAUCCCAACGCGAAUCUCUUCGGUCACGUGGGCAGCACAACUUCCAGUAGGGGCGAAAUGUUUCUGUUUUGGAGCAUUAGCUCAUCUCCGGUGCUGCUUGCUUUGGUCGCCGGAAUGGCGGCCAAUAUUGUGGAGAGCGUUACGGACGACAUCAUAAUCGGGCGCUGUAUGUCCGUGCUCAAGAACAUUUUCGGGAACACCUCCGUUCCGCAGCCCAAGGAGACGGUGGUCACGCGCUGGCGCAGCGAUCCCUGGGCCCGCGGUUCCUACAGCUACGUCUCCGUGGGCUCCUCGGGCAGUGACUACGAUCUGCUGGCGGCGCCGGUUAUUCCGCCGUCCAGUAAGGAGGCGGAGGGAUUGCCGCGCCUCUUUUUCGCCGGCGAGCAUACGAUACGGAACUAUCCGGCCACCGUGCAUGGCGCCUACUUGAGUGGAUUGCGCGAGGCGGGACGCAUAGCGGACUACUAUCUGGGCUAUCCGGAGGGCACGCCGCCGGACAUCGGAUACUCGGUGGCCGAGGCGGCCAAUCUGGUGUCCGUGGGAAACGUUGUGAAGCUGCGCGACCUGUCGCCCAAUCUAUCCGACUCCCCGUCGUCGAAGAAGUCCGAGGAGAACUCAAAUUCAAACACUGCCGACUCCGCGGAGCUACAGUAAGCAUGUGUAUUUAGCUUAAAGGACUUGGGCCCCGCCAUUUACCCCCAAAGCGUUUAGUUUUUGUACCAUACAACGGGGGCUCACUGUUUAGAAACUAAGCUAGACCUAUGUAAAUACCUAAGACUAUUCCACUAAACAUGGACUUCUUUAGUUACCAUUCAACCAAUUAUUUUAUACCUUUAAACUACGUGUUAAGAGAAAAAGAAGCAAUAACACCGAACAUAGCAAAACCCUUUCAGUGUUUCCUUCAGUUCCAAGCUCCCUUUGGGCGUCUCUAAUUGAGCAACGAAUGCAAACAUCUAUCAUAAACCUGUUUUGAUAAAUGAGUCUUUUACUCGUCUAAUUUUUAAUAAUUGAAAAAC